GUUAAAUAGUGAGGAUCGCGGGCACCGCUUACUCGGUCUCUUCCCACUCUGUGCAGGCGCGUGUUUCUUCUCCUGGGCAUUUUCAUCCGGACUCUCACCAGCUCUCCUACAUAGCCAGUCUUCAGUCAUUAGGACAUAAUGGCACAGAAGUCUGGCAGCCAGGCUGGAGAAGCUGACUCCUUUCUCUUUGUGGACAAAACCUUCAACAAUCCACUAGCUCAGGCUGACUGGGCCGCGAAGAGAUUGGUCUGGGUGCCUUCGGACCGCAAUGGCUUUGAAGCUGCAAGCAUUAAGGAGGAAAAGGGGGAGGAAGUUAUUGUCGAAUUAAUGGAAAAUGGAAAGAAAGUUACAAUUAACAAAGAUGAUAUCCAGAAGAUGAAUCCCCCCAAGUUCUCCAAAGUAGAGGACAUGGCCGAACUGACUUGCCUGAAUGAAGCUUCUGUGCUGCAUAAUCUGAGGGAGCGCUACUUCUCAGGACUUAUCUAUACGUAUUCAGGUCUUUUCUGUGUUGUCGUAAAUCCAUACAAAAUGCUGCCCAUCUAUUCUGAGAAGAUUGUAGAAAUGUACAAAGGGAAGAAGAGGCAUGAGAUGCCACCACACAUCUAUGCCAUUGCAGACACUGCAUACAGGAGCAUGCUACAAGAUCGUGAAGACCAGUCAAUUUUGUGCACGGGUGAAUCUGGAGCUGGGAAGACAGAAAACACAAAGAAAGUCAUUCAAUAUCUGGCUGUGGUUGCUUCCUCCCACAAGAGCAAGAAAGAUGCUAAUGCUAUAGGAGAGCUGGAGAAACAACUCCUUCAGGCCAAUCCCAUUCUGGAAGCUUUUGGCAAUGCAAAGACUGUAAAAAAUGACAACUCAUCACGCUUUGGAAAAUUCAUCCGCAUCAAUUUUGAUGUCACUGGCUAUAUCGUUGGAGCAAACAUCGAUACCUACUUGCUUGAGAAAUCACGUGCUAUUCGGCAGGCCUUGGAAGAAAGGACUUUCCACAUUUUCUACUACCUUCUCACUGGGGCUGGAACAAAGAUGAGAGAGGAUCUACUGUUGGAAUCAUUCAGCAACUACAGGUUCUUGUCUAAUGGCCACGUCCCCAUUCCCGGGCAGGACGAUAAAGACAUGUUUGAGGAAACCUCCGAAGCCAUGACUAUUAUGGGAUUUUCAAGUGAAGAACAGACCUCUAUAUUGAGGAUUGUUUCAUCUGUGUUGCAACUUGGUAACAUUUGUUUCAAAAAGGAGCGGAACACUGACCAGGCGUCAAUGCCCGACAAUACAGUUGCACAGAAGGUGUGCCACUUGUUGGGUAUGAAUGUGACCGACUUCACCAGGGCGAUCCUGAGUCCUCGGAUUAAAGUCGGACGUGAUUACGUUCAGAAAGCCCAGACCAAGGAGCAGGCGGACUUUGCUGUGGAAGCUUUGGCCAAGGCAAUGUAUGAACGUUUGUUUCGCUGGCUGCUCAUUCGUAUCAACAAAGCUCUGGACAGGACGAAGAGACAGGGCUCCACGUUCCUUGGAAUUCUCGACAUCGCUGGUUUUGAGAUAUUUGUGGACAAUUCUUUUGAACAACUCUGCAUCAACUACACCAAUGAAAAGCUACAACAGUUGUUCAACCACACUAUGUUCAUCCUGGAGCAGGAAGAGUACCAGAGAGAGGGUAUUGAAUGGAAUUUCAUUGACUUUGGUCUGGAUCUGCAACCCUGCAUAGAACUAAUUGAAAGAGUGACUGGCCCCCCAGGUAUUCUUGCUUUGCUGGAUGAAGAAUGCUGGUUCCCUAAGGCUACAGACAAGUCAUUUGUGGAGAAAGUUGUUCAGGAACUAGGUAACCACACAAAAUUUGCCAAACCCAAACAACUGAAGGACAAAGGCGACUUCUGUAUUGUUCAUUAUGCUGGCAAGGUCCCCUACAAUGCGGGAAACUGGCUGACCAAAAACAUGGAUCCGUUAAAUGAUAACGUUGCCACACUGCUGAACCAGUCAUCUGAUAAGUAUGUAGCAGAAUUGUGGAAAGAUGUUGACCGUAUUGUUGGUUUGGACCAAGUGGCUAAAAUGAGUGAAAGUACUCCAGGGGCCUCGAAAACCAAGAAGGGCAUGUUCCGUACUGUGGGGCAGUUAUAUAAAGAACAACUGACCAAACUCAUGACAACACUGAGGAACACCAGCCCCAAUUUUGUGCGCUGUAUCAUUCCAAACCAUGAAAAGAGGGCUGGCAAGCUUGAUGCACAUCUUGUGCUGGAACAGUUACGGUGCAAUGGUGUUUUGGAAGGCAUCCGGAUCUGCCGUCAAGGAUUUCCUAACAGGAUUAUCUUCCAGGAAUUCCGCCAAAGAUAUGAAAUCCUAACACCAGGUGCUAUUCCAAAAGGAUUCAUGGAUGGAAAACAGGCUUGUGUACUUAUGAUUAAAGCCCUGGAACUGGAUACUAACCUGUACAGGAUUGGACAAAGUAAGAUCUUCUUCCGAACUGGUGUACUGGCCCACCUGGAAGAGGAGAGAGAUUUGAAAAUUACAGAUGUCAUUAUUGCUUUCCAAGCUCGAAGCAGAGGGUUCCUGGCCAGAAAGGCCUUUGCCAAACGGCAGCAGCAGCUCACCGCCAUGAAAGUGAUUCAGAGAAACUGUGCUGCUUACCUUAAACUGCGGAACUGGCAAUGGUGGAGGCUGUUCACUAAGGUUAAACCACUGCUGCAAGUCACGCGUCAAGAGGAGGAAAUGCAACUGAAGGAAGAUGAGUUACAGAGGACAAGGGAAAAGCAACAGAAAGCAGAGCUUUACCUUUCAGAACUUGAAAAGAAGCAUAAUCAGGUAGUGGAGGAAAAGAAUUCCCUUCAGGAGCAACUACAGGCUGAAACUGAGUUAUAUGCUGAGGCAGAAGAGAUGAGAAUUCGCCUAGAAACUAAGAAGCAAGAACUAGAGGAGAUCCUUCAUGAAAUGGAGGCGCGAAUUGAAGAGGAGGAAGAACGAGGCCAUCAAAUGUUAAAUGAAAAGAAGAAAAUGCAAACCCAAAUCCUGGAUUUGGAGGAACAGCUGGAUGAAGAGGAAGCUGCACGGCAGAAGCUGCAACUGGAGAAAGUGACCCUCGAUGCCAAACUUAAGAAGAUGGAGGAUGACAUCUUGAUCUUGGAAGACCAAAAUCUCAAAUUUGCAAAGGAAAAGAAACUCCUAGAUGAGAGGAUAGCUGACUUUACCACCAAUCUUGCAGAAGAGGAAGAGAAAGCAAAGAACCUGACAAAACUGAAAAAUAAACAUGAAUCGAUGAUUUCGGAACUAGAAGUGCGGCUGAAGAAGGAAGAGAAGACCAGACAGGAGUUGGAGAAGCUGAAGAGGAAGUUAGAGGGAGAAGGAUCAGAUCUGCAUGAGCAGCUGGCAGAACUUCAGCAGCAGAUUGCAGAACUGAAGAUGCAGCUGGCAAAGAAAGAAGAGGAAUUACAGGCUGCAAUGAACAGGCUUGAUGAAGAAACUGCACUAAAGAAUAAUGCUCUGAAGAAAAUCCGUGAGUUGGAAGCCUUUAUAUCAGAUCUUCAAGAGGAUCUAGACUCGGAGAGGUCAGCUCGGAACAAGGUGGAGAAACAAAAGAGAGAUCUGGGUGAAGAGUUGGAAGCCCUAAAGACAGAACUUGAAGAUACUUUAGAUACUACAGCUACACAACAAGAGUUGAGAGCUAAGAGAGAACAUGAAGUCUCAGAGAUGAAACGAGCUUUGGAGGAAGAGACGAGAACACAUGAGGCUCAAAUUCAUGAAAUGCGACAGAAACAUGGUCAAGCAAUAGAAGAAAUAACAGAACAGCUGGAGCAAGUAAAACGGGCUAAGGCUAACCUUGACAAAAACAAACAGACCCUGGAGAAGGAGAAUAAUGAGCUCUCAAAUGAGGUCAGGAUGUUGUCCACAGCCAAAGCCGAACUGGAGCACAAAAAGAAAAAGCUGGAGAGCCAAGUGCAGGAGUUCCAGGUUAAAGUGUCUGAUGGAGAACGUGCUCGGACUGAGCUCAACGACAGAGUGCACAAGUUACAGGGUGAGCUUGACAAUGUUACAGCCAUACUUAAUGAAGCUGAAGGUAAAUCAAUUAAACUUGCAAAGGACGUGUCGAGUAUCAGUUCCCAGCUUCAGGACACACAGGAACUACUCCAGGAAGAGACUCGGCAAAAGCUGAAUUUGUCCACCCGUUUGCGCCAGUUAGAGGAUGAUAAGAACAACCUCCAAGAGCAGUUGGAUGAAGAGGGAGAAGCCAAGAGAAACCUGGAGCGCCAGAUAUCCACCUUGACAGUGCAGCUGUCAGAUGCCAAGAAGAAAUUAAAUGAUGAUGCUACUACGUUGGAGGGUCUUGAGGAAGGAAAGAAGAAACUUCAGAGGGAAAUUGAAGCAAUUACCCAGAACUUUGAAGAAAAGGCAGCAGCUUAUGACAAACUGGAGAAAACAAAGAACAGGCUACAGCAAGAGCUCGAUGACCUUCUGGUGGACCUAGACAACCAGAGACAACUAGUUUCCAAUCUGGAGAAGAAACAAAAGAAAUUUGAUCAGAUGUUGGCAGAAGAGAAGAAUAUCUCUGCUAAAUUUGCAGAUGAAAGGGAUAGGGCAGAAGCUGAUGCUCGAGAAAAGGAGACAAAGGCCUUGGCAUUGACACGUGCUUUGGAUGAGGCUUUGUCGUCCAAGGAAGAUCUGGAGAGGCUCAAUAAGCAACUGCGAGCUGAGAUGGAAGAUAUUGUGAGCUCCAAAGAUGAUGUAGGAAAGAAUGUCCAUGAUCUGGAAAAAUCUAAACGUACCUUGGAGCAACAAGUGGAGGAGAUGAAGACCCAGUUAGAAGAACUUGAAGAUGAGCUCCAGGCUACAGAGGACGCCAAGCUAAGAUUAGAAGUCAACUUGCAAGCCCUGAAAGCACAGUUUGAUCGUGACUUGCAGGCCCGUGAUGAGCAGAAUGAGGAAAAGAGGAGGCAGCUUGUUAAGCAGGUGCACGAGCUUGAAUCUGAACUGGAAGAUGAACGUAAACAGCGCACGGUAGUGGCGGCUGCCAAGAAGAAGCUGGAGAUUGAUUUAAGUGACCUCGAAGGCCAGGUGGAAGUUGCCAUCAAGGGCCGUGAGGAUGCCAUAAAGCAACUAAAAAAACUUCAGGCUCAGAUGAAGGAUUACCAGCGUGAACUUGAGGAUGCCCGCAACUCCAGAGAAGAGGUCCUGGCUCAGGCUAAAGAGAAUGAGAAGAAAAACAAGAGUCUGGAGGCCGAACUCCUCCAACUCCAGGAGGAUUUGGCAGCUGCAGAACGUGCUCGCCGUCACGCUGAGCAGGAAAAAGAGGAACUAGCUGAGGAGUUAGCAGGCAACGUCUCUGGAAAGUCCGCACUACUGGAUGAAAAGCGCCGUCUGGAGAUGAGAAUAUCUCAGAUGGAGGAAGAGCUUGAAGAAGAGCAGAGUAACAUGGAAUCACUGAAUGAUCGCCUCAGGAAAGUGAUUCAGCAGUCAGAACAGCUAUCUAAUGAACUGGCUGCUGAGCGCAGUGCAAAUCAGAAGAACGAUGGUGCUCGGCAGCAACUUGAGAGGCAGAACAAAGAGCUGAAGGCCAAGCUCCAAGAAAUGGAAGGCACUGUCAAGUCCAAGUUCAAAUCAACAAUUACCUCUCUGGAGGCAAAGAUUGCCCAGCUGGAAGAGCAGCUGGAAGCAGAAGCAAAGGAGAAACAAGCAUACACCAAGGCAGCUCGUCGUACAGAGAAGAAACUGAAGGAGGUCAUGAUGCAGGUGGAGGACGAGCGAAGACAUGGGGAGCAGUAUAAAGAACAGGCAGAGAAAAGCAAUUCCCGCAUGAAGCAGCUCAAACGGCAGCUGGAAGAGGCAGAGGAAGAAUCCCAGCGGAUCAAUGCAUCUCGGCGCAAGCUUCAACGAGAGCUUGAAGAAGCCACAGAACUGAAUGAAACCAUGACCCGUGAAUGUAACACACUGAAGAACAAACUAAGGCGUGGAAAUGAGCCUGUGCUAGGCGGUGCUCGGAGAUCUGGUGGCAGACGCGGAAUGAUCGAUAACGCUUCACUAGAAAACUCUGAUGAAGAUGUUGGAGGACGAGAUGUAGACUUCAACAGCACAAAAUCUACUGAAUAAUGACAGUGUAGCAUAUAGUACUAUGGUAUAGAAGGGGGAAAAUAUAUAUAGAUGCUUAGAAAAAGCUUUAAAAAGGUCACACACAUGGUAUUUAACAGGGCACAGUUUUUCUACCCUUCAAACUACCCCAUCAUGAUAAAACAACUAUUUUCACAUGCAUGUAGUCAAAACCAUUUUAUUUUACUAAAUGUUUUACAUGUAUCAAAGUUUCAAAUAUUCUAGCAUUUAAAAUACACUGUAAAAAUGCAGGCUAAAACAUGUAUCCCUAAAAGUGCACUGCCUGAUGGGAUAAGAUUCUAAAAUAGUUGAUUAUUUUGUCACUGGACCAUGAAUAAAAUAGAUCAAUAUUAUAAGAAUGCACACUUCCCUUACUGAAAUGAUUUGAUCUUGCUCAUCAACACAGAUUUAUUAGAGAUGGGUGACCCAUCUGUGUCUUUAUAGAAAGAACCAAGCACAUUACUGUACUAUUUGCAAUACAUGCCUACUAGACCAUAGCAAUACUGGUCACAGAGUUCUAGAGAAGUGCUUUUUUUUAGCCACUUGAAGUACUGGAUUUAAAAUUAAUCUAUUAUUUGCAGUAAUAUAUUCAUAACUUGCUAAACUGUCUGCAAAGUAUCUCUGAAGCUGUUUAUGACCCACCAUCACAAAUAAAGGAC